GGAACAAAGUUAUGUGGUGUACAUAUAAAAUUAUAAAGUAUUUUAUUUUGUGAAAAAAAUAGAGAAUAUAAGAGUAAAGAAAUAUGCUUACAUUUUUUCAAUGGUAUCAUUCAAAAGGACGUUUUAAUUUUGGCUAUGUGGCAACUCUCAUAUUUGACAUUUUAUUUUGUUUUUAAGUUUUAUUUUUAGGUAUUCGAAAUAUUUUUCUUAUUUUAUUCACAAAAUAUUUCAGGACUAUAAUGAAAUAAGUGAUGACUAAAUAGUUAGUGAAUAUCUUUAUUAAUUUGUCAAAAUUUUGUGUUUGAAUAAACGUAAUCACUAGUUUAUCUAGAUUGCGUAUUAAUGAAAUGGCUUGUGCUUCUACAAAAGUGACAAAAAAAAAUGUUUUCUAUGAUAUUAUAAAGCCAUUUCCGCCAGUCAUCAAUGGAAAAAUCAAUUUAGUGAAAUUUUUGGAGUCUGCGUCGGAUUUAGUAACCUUAAUAGAACAUCUAGGCAAAAUAUAUGCCCCAGUGAAAUAUGAUAUGCAAGGAAAUAUUGAUAAAAUAAAAAAGGCUUGUGUCUUUGAUAAGACAUCUUGUUUACUCGAGUUAAUGCUUGAUGAAGUUGGUAGAGGAAAAACAGCUGCUACUGAAAGCAUAUUAUGGCUCAACAGGGCAUUGUUAUUAUUUGAACUAAUAUUUCAAGAAAUAAUUAGUCAUUUAAAAUCCAACCACUAUGAUGUAAAUAUGGAUAAAAUAUUCAUAACAGCUUAUGAAGGAUCACUUAAAAAAUACCAUAACUGGGUCACUCAACAAAUAUUUGCACUCAUUUGCAAGAUGUCACCCACACUUCCCCAAAUUAUGAAGUCAUUAGAUGUUGAUGAUGUUAAAUCUUUUGAAACAAAGUUGUUGAAUUUUAAUAUAACACUACAUUUAGUUAGAUGUAAAAUUGACGACUUUUUCAAGGACCAUAAUAUGUUUGUUGAAGUCAAAUAACUCUUCUCAGUAUUAAUUUUAAUUUAUGACCAAGAAAAAGUAGAUAGGAAAAGGUGAUAUAACUAUUACUGAUAAUAUAU